CGGGCCGGCGGAAGGAGCCGGGAGACCAAGGACUGACGGACAGACCCCAGCCAUGGACCGGCAGCUGGCGCAGCAGCAGCAGCAGCUGCGGGGCCGCGUGGUGCGCAGUGACAGCUCCCACCAGCAGGACGCCCAGAGCUACGCCAUCGCCGGCGGAGAGGCGCGCGAGCAGAGCCGACAGGACUCGCGCGUGCUGGAGGCCGAGAUUCCGGGCGGCCAGCUGAGCCAGCACAGCCAGCAGCGGCAGUUCCAGCUGCAGCAGCGCUCGGUGCAGCAGCUGCCCGGUGGCGGACAGAUGAGCCAGCAGACCAGCAGCAGCCAGCAGGUGCACCAGCAGGUCAGCAGCAGCGUGCAGCACUUUGGCUCCCAGCCGGCACUCCAGUACCAGCAGCAGCAACAGCAGUUCCAGCAGCGCCAGCAGCAACAGUUCCAGCAACACCACCAGCAGCAAUACCAGCAGCAAUACCAGCAGCAGCAGCAGCAGGAGCUGCAGGAGGCGCAGCACUACAGCGUCGCCUACGGUCGCCAGCAGUCGGCCAGCAGCGACUACUCAGUCACGGACCAGUCGGGUGGCCAGCACAGCACCAUGCCGGCCGGCGGCCCCGCGUCUCCGCCAGUGUUUGAGCAGAUCUUCAAGAAUGCCCGUUUCGCCCAGGGAGGCAAUGCUCUGUUCGAGGGCCGGGUUCGGGGCAACCCGAAGCCCAAGAUCUCAUGGACGCGCCAGGGCAGACCCAUUCAGGCGUCCAACAAGUACCAGCUGAGGCACAAUCAGCAGACGGGCGAGGUCAGCCUGCUCAUCAGCCGCAUCGGGCCCGGCGACGAGGGCGAGUACACGUGCAUGGCCACCAACCAGUACGGAGAGGCCGUCUGCACCGUCUACAUUCAGCCUGAGGCCGCCUUCCUCCAGCAGCAGCAGCAGACCACCCAGCAGCAGCAGCAGCAGCAGAUGGUCUCUCAGCAGCAGCAGCAGCAGCUGAUGCAGCAGCAGCAACAGCAGCAGCGGGGCGGCGUGCAGCGGCGCAUGGUCGGCGGCCAGCAGCACAUGAUGCAGAUGCGCACAGAGACCACCUACGAGACGGACUCGUCGGGUCACACGACCACCAGCACGCGCACGGACCGCCAGUACCACACCACGCCCUUCAGCUCCUCCGUCGAGGAGUUCCGCGUGGACACGUUCGAGUACCGGCUGAUCCGCGAGUCCGAGUUCCGCGAGGCGCUGACUCGCCGCCAGCCCGGCGAGCCGGAGGUGGUGGUGUCGGCGCGCCGGCCCGGCCCGCUCAGCCCGCCGCAGCUGCAGGGCAAGCCGCGCGCCAGCAAGGUGCAGGAGGGCGGCUCGGCCACCUUCCAGGCGCGGCUGGCCGGCAACCCGCCGCCGCGCAUCACCUGGUUCAAGGACGGCGCGCGCGUGCGGCCCGGCGCGCGCGCCACUAUCUCUGAGCAGGACUCUGUGGUGUCGCUGCACCUGCAGCAGGUGCAGCCGCAGGACACGGGCCACUACACGAUGCUGGCCGAGAACCAGGCCGGCUGCGUGGUGAGCUCCGCGUACCUGGCCGUGGAGCCGACCACGCCGCAGUAUGGCCAGCACCAGGUCACCCAGCGCACCGACCACAGCCAGGUGACGCAGAUCGAGGAGGUGGCCGAGGGCAAGGCGCUGGCGCCCAGCUUCCUGAAGGUGCCCUCCGACACCGAGGUGCAGGAGGGGAAGCUCGUCCGACUCGAGUGCCGCACCGCUGGCAAACCGGCUCCCGACGUGAUCUGGUACAUCAACGGCUACCCGGUGGCCAACGACGCCACGCACAAGAUGCUCAUUAACGAAGCCGGCAACAACGCGCUGAUGAUCACGAGCGCCAGCCAGCGCGACGCCGGCACCGUCACCUGCGUGGCCAGGAACAAGUCGGGCGAAGUCAGCCACCAGAUCACGCUGAGCGUGCUGGAGAAGGAGCAGGUGAUCGCGCCCAAGUUCGUGGAGCGGUUCCAGACGGUGCGCGUGCAGCCGGGCGAGGCGGUGUCGCUGAGCUGCCGGGCGGUGGGCGCGCCAACGCCUCGCAUCACGUGGCAGAAGGACGGCCAGCCGCUGCAGCCGUCCGACAGCGUGCACAUCAUCACCGACGGCGGCGCCUCCAUGAUCGACAUCCCCUGCGUGCGGCCAGAGGACAGCGCCUGGUACCAGUGCACGGCACAAAACGCGGCCGGCAGCACGGCCACGCGCGCCAAGGUGUACGUGGACCAGGGUCCGGCGCCUCCGGCCGCCGAGCCGUGGCGGCUGCACCUGCCCAAACCGACCAAGGUGAUCGCGCCCGAGGCGCCGCUGGAGCCGGAGAUCGUGCACCUGAAGCACGUGGAGCGGUCGCGGCCCAAGCCGCAGCGGCCGGAGGAGGAGCAGCCCUCCCAGCCGCCGCAGUUCACGCACCCGCUGCGCGACACGGCCGUAGCAGAGGGCGACCGCAUCCUGCUCGAGGCCCGCGUGGUGCCGCUCGGCGACCCCACCAUGAGGAUCGAGUGGUACAUCGACGGCCAACCGCUCUCCGCUAGCUCGCGCGCCACGCUGACUCACAAGUUCGGCUACGUGUCGCUGAGUCUGCUGACGGUGAUCCAGCAGGACACGGGCGUCUACACGUGCCGCGCCGUCAACCAGGCCGGCUACGACGAGACCUCGUGCCGCGUCUCCGUCGGACCUCGUGCCACGAUCGAGACGGCGCCGCAGCACCCGGAGAGUCUGGAGCACAUCCAGCUGCUGGAGGACGCCAACCGCUACAUGCGGACCGUCCAGGUGGAGGAGCAGUACCAGAAGCCGUACUUUGUGCGCGAGCUGCGCGACGUGCUCGGCGUCAACGAGGGCGGACUGGCCCACUUCGAGGCGCACGUGGAGCCCGUUAACGACUCCACCAUGCGCAUCGACUGGUUCAAGGACGGCAAGCCCAUCACCGCCAGCUCACGGAUCUCCAACAUCAACAACUUCGGUCACGUGGCCCUGCACAUCAGCCAGCUGCGCGCCGAGGACUCCGGCGUCUACACCGUGCGGGCCACCAACAAGGUGGGCGAGGCGUUCAGCCAGGCGCAGCUGGUGGUGCACGUGCAGGAGACGGUCACCGGCGACCUGGGCAUCCCCGAGCAGCAGCAGUACAUCCAGUCGGUGGAGCAGCUCGAGGCCUACAAACAGGCCAUCCAGAAACAGGUGACGGCUGACCUGGCGGACACACAGACGGCGCCGCGGUUCACGCAGCCCAUCCGGGACGCGCCCGAUGUGCCGGAGAACGGCACCGCGCACUUCGAGGGCCGGCUGGAGCCGACCGGUGACUCCACACUGCGGGUCGACUGGUUCAAGGACGGAAAGCCGCUGGAAGCCAGCUCCCGGAUCACCACGUUCUUCAACUUUGGCUACGUCAGUCUGACCAUCAAGCAGGUGACCAUAUACGACACGGGCGUGUACACGUGCGUGGCGCGUAACGCGGCGGGCCAGGCGCAGUGCCAGGCCUCGCUGCAGUGCGUCGGCCGGCAGGACAUCGUCACCGAGAGCCAGGUGGAGAGCAUGCAGCAGUUCCAGUAUCUGGAGGACUCGAGCCGGCACCAGCGCCUGGUCGAGGAGGACGUCUCCGUCACCAAGAUGCCGCCCAAGUUCCUCGGACCGCUGAAGGGCACCACCGUCAUCAGGGAGGGCCAGCGGGCGCACUUUGAGACGCGCGUCGAGCCGCAGAACGACGCCACUAUGAAGACGGAGUGGCUGCACAACGGCCGGCCGCUGGCCCCCGCCAACCGCAUCUCGACGGUGCUCGACUUUGGCUACGUGGCGCUGGACAUCACCGGGGCCAAGCCGGAGGACGCCGGCACCUACACACUGGUGGCCAGGAACGCGCUGGGCCAGGCCGAGACACAGGCGCAGAUGAAGGUCGAGGCUCGCCAGGCGGUGGACACCUCCUCCAUGCACCGAGGCGUGGUGGAGAAGACCGCGCAGAUGGAAAAGUCGAAAUUCGUCGAGCCCAGCUACGACAUCGGCGACUACUGCAAGUCCAAGCCAGUCUUCAUCGAGCCGCUGAAGGACCAGCCGCCGCAGGCGGAGGGUCGCGGCGUGCACCUCGAGUGUCGCCUGGAGCCGCUCAACGACCCGACCAUGAAGGUGGAGUGGUUCCAGAACGGCCGGCCCAUCACCAUCGGCUCGCGGUUCCGCACCUACUGCGACUUCGGGUUCGUGGCGCUGGACGUGCUGGAGCUGACGACGGCCGACUCUGGCGAGUACACGGCGCGCGCCACCAACCAGUUGGGCUCGGCGCACACGUCGGCCGCCGUGCGCGUGGUCUCGCGCGCCGCCGUGGACACGGAGCCGCAGCACGACGGCGCCCUGGAGCAGAUCCAGUACCUGGAGGACUCUGCGCGCCAGGCGCGCCGCGAGGACGUCGAGACCGACGUCAACCAGGUGCCGACGUUCACCAAACCGCUGCGGAACGUGGAGACGAUGGAGGGCACCAACGUGCACCUCGAGUGUCGCCUGCAGCCGGUGGGCGACAACAGCAUGAGGGUCGAGUGGUUCGUCAACGACCAGCCGCUCAAAGUUGGCCACCGGUUCCGGCCGGCGUACGAGUUCGACUACGUGGCGCUGGACCUGCUCAGUGUGUACCCGGAGGACGCCGGCAUCUACACGUGCCGCGCCACCAACCGGCUCGGGCAGGCCGUCACCUCCGCCGCCAUCCGCGUCAUCGCCAAGAAGGACCACUACACGGAGCACCCGCAGACGAUGGAGCAGAUCCAGUACAUCGAGGACUCUAGUCGCUACCAGCGCAAGGAGUGGCUCGACGAGAUGGUCCAGAUCAAGCCCAAGUUCGUGUCCCAGCUCAAACACCAGGAGAACCUGCGCGAGGGUCAGACGGCACACUUUGAGGCCAAGGUGGAGCCAGUCACUGACGUCAACCUGCGCGUGGAGUGGCUCAAGGACGGCAAGCCCAUCACCGUCGGCCACCGCCACCGUCCGCUGCACGACUUCGGGUACGUGGCACUGGACAUUGUCGGCACGAUCGCUGAGGACAACGGCAUCUACACGUGCCGCGCCACCAACGGGCUCGGCUACGACGAGACGUCGGCCAUCCUUAAAACGUCCCCCGCCCAGAAGAUCAUCACCACCAGCCAGCACGAGGCGACCAGUAUGCAGCAGCUGCAGUUCCUCGAGGACAAGUCCAAGUACAGCCGCGCCGAGCAGGUGGACGAGGUGACCACGCAGGCGCCCGUCUUCACCACCUCGCUGGCCAGCGUGCAGAUCCGCGAGGGCCAGCGGGCGCACUUUGAGUCGCGCCUCAUCCCCGUCUCCGACCACACCAUGAAGGUCGAGUGGUUCCACAACGGCAAGCCCGUCAAGGCCGGCUCCAGGUUUGUUGAGACGAACAACUUUGGUUUUGUGGCGUUGGACAUCCUGGACGCGUACCCGGAGGACCAGGGCACCUACACGUGCAAGGCGACCAACGCGCUAGGCGAGGCCGUCACCCAGGCCAACCUCACCUGCAUCUCCAAGGGCGCCAUCGACCAGGGCACGCUGCACGAGGAGGCGCUGGCCAAGCUGCGGCACCUGGAGCAGAAGCCGCAGUCGGCGCCGCGCGCAGAGGAGGCCACCAGCCAGGCGCCCGUGUUCACGCAGCCGAUCCGCGACCUGCACGCCGCCGAGGGCCAGCCGCUGCACUUCGAGGGCCGCCUCAUCCCCGUCGGCGACGAGACGAUGAAGGUCGAGUGGUUCAAGAAUGGCGUGCCCCUCCAGCAGGCCAACCGGAUCACGACGGUGAACGACUUUGGUUUCGUGGCGCUGGACCUGAAGUACUCCCAGGAGGACGACAGCGGCACGUACACGUGCCGGGCCACCAACCAGCUGGGCCAGGCGGCCACUUCAGCCACCUGUCUGGUGCAGAGCCGCGAGUCGCUGAUGCUGGGCUCGCAGCAUGAGGGCGCCCUGCCCAAGCUGCGGCAGCUCGAGGAUAAGCACAUCUCCCGGCCGGAGGUGCAGGAGACUGUGGUCACGGAGAAGCCGCGGUUCGUGACGGAGCUGACGGGCCCCACCAACCUGGUGGAGGGCCAGUCGGCCCACAUGGAGGCGCGCAUCGAGCCUUACCCGGACGCCAACAUGAAGGUCGAGUGGUUCCACAACGGAAAGCCGCUCGCCAUGGGUUCGCGGUACCGCACCGUCAACGACUUUGGGUUUGUGUCGCUGGACGUGCUGUCGGCCUACCCGGAGGACUCGGGCGUAUACACGGUGCGCGCCUCCAACCGCAACGGCCAGGCCACCUCGCAGCUCAACAUCACCGUCCAGCCGCGCGCGGCGCUGAUCCAGGAGUCGCAGCACCCGGCCGCGCUGCAGAAGAUCAGCCACCUGGAGGCGGGUCGGCCGCGGCCGGCCGCCGAGCAGGCACCCCAGUACGAGCGGCCCGUGUUCGGCCGGCCGCUGAAGAACGCCAGCCUGGUGGAGGGCCAGCCCACCCACCUGGAGGCCACGCUGACGCCCGUCAACGACCCGCACAUGAAGGUGGAAUGGUUCUACAACGGACAGCCCAUCCCGCAGGGUCACCGGUUCAAGACGACCUACGACUUUGGGUACGUGGCGCUGGACCUGCUCUACUCGUACCCGGAGGACUCUGGCACAUACAUGUGCAAGGCCACCAACCUGGUGGGCGAGGCCGUCACCACCUGCAACGUCGGAGUCGAAGGCAAGCAGGGUCUGUACCUGGACACGCUGGACGCCGCCCGCCUGGAGAAGAUCAAGACGCUGGAGUCUGCGGCGCCGGCCAGGAAGGAGGAGCCGCUGCCGGUCGCCCAGAAACCCGUCUUUGUCACGCCGCUGAAGAAUCUGGAGAACCUGCGCGAGGGCGAGCACGCCCACCUCGAGUGUCGCCUGGAGCCGGUCAACGACCCCAAGCUCAAGGUCGAGUGGUUCGUCAACGGACGCGAGAUCAAGACCGGCCACAGAUUCCGCACCACCCACGACUUCGGCUAUGUGGCGCUGGACAUUCUGUACAGCUACCCGGAGGACUCUGGCACCUACAUGUGCAAGGCCACCAACGAGGUCGGCGAGGCCGUCAACACGUGCACCAUCAAGGUCGGAGAGCGGCGCUCCAUCUAUCUGGACACGCAGCACCCGCAGGGCCUGGAGAAGAUCCGUGACCUGGAGAGCCGCCAGCCAGAGCGGGCCGUCGAAGUCGAGGCGCCCAAGGAGAAGCCGCGCUUCGUCCAGGAGCUCCGGGGCCCUACCCAGCUGGCGGAGCGUGGCGCCGCCCACAUCGAGGGUCGCAUCGAGCCCAUCCACGACUCGGACCUGCGCGUCGACUGGUUCCACAACGGCAAGCCGCUACAGUCUGCCUCGCGCUUCCACACCACGUUCGACUUUGGCUACGUGUCGCUGGACAUCAAGGACCUGGUGCCCGAGGACCAGGGCCACUACACGUGCAAGGCCGUCAACAAGAUGGGCGAGGCCACCUCCAGCAUGGACAUCGAGGUUCUCGGCAAGGACAACAUCAUCCUGGCGUCUCAGCGGCCUGAGGGUCUGGAGAAGAUCCGCGCGCUCGAGCAGAAGGCGCCCCAGGAGCGGCCCGAGGAGGUGGUCACCUACCAGAAGCCCAUGUUCACGCAGCCGCUGCAGAACGUGGACCACGUCAGCGAGGGCCAGGCGGUGCACCUGGAGGCGCGCCUCAUCCCCGUGGGCGACCCCCGGCUGACGGUGGACUGGUUCAGGAACGAACAGCCGCUCCAGCUCGGCUCCCGUUUCAAGCCGACGCACGACUUUGGCUACGUGGCGCUGGACAUUGCCGGUCUGCGGCCGGAGGACGAGGGCGUCUACUCGUGCCGCGCCAGGAACGACCUCGGAGAGGCCGUCACCACCGCCUCGGUCCGCAUCCGCUCGGAGGCGAGCAUCAUCCUGGACACGCAGCACCCGGCCUCGAUGCCCAAGCUGAAGGCUCUGGAGGAGCGGGUGCCGGAACAGCGGCCCGAGACGGUGCAGCACUUCGAGAAGCCCGUCUUCACCAUGCCGCUCACCGGGCCGGCCGACAUUAUCGAGAUGCAGCACGCGCACUUCGAGGCGCGCUGCGUGCCCGUCGGCGACCCCAACCUCAAGUUUGAGUGGUUCUGCAACGGCAAAGAGCUAAAACUCGGCUCCCGCAUCAAGGAGACGCACGACUUCGGGUUCGUGACGCUGGACCUGAUGUCUGUGGUGCCGGAGGACGCGGGCGUCUACAUGUGCCGCGCCACCAACCUGGCCGGCGAGGCCGUCACAUCCGCCUCCAUCCACGUGCACGACCGCAGCAGCAUUCUGGGCGACGCGAUCCACGCGUCUGCCUGGGACAAGAUCCAGCUGAAGGAGGCCGAGAUGAACCGGGUGCCGGAGCAGUUCGCGGAGGAGCGGCCGCAGCAGCCGCCCGUGUUCACCACGCACCUGCAGAGCUACGACCGGCUCACUGAGCAGCAGAGCGUCCACCUGGAGGCCACCGUCGAGCCCAAGACCGACCCCAACCUGCGCGUCGAGUGGAGCAAGAACGGCGAGCCGCUCAUGACCGGCACCCGUCUGCGCACGGCGUUCGACUUUGGUCUGGUUACGCUGGACAUUAUGAGUCUGCGGGGCGACGACUCGGGCAUCUACACGUGCCGCGCCGUCAACAGGAUGGGCGAGGCCGUCUCCACGUGCACGCUGAAGGUGGAAGACAAGCACUGGCUGCUGGGCCAGUCGCAGCGGCCCGAGGCGCUGCCGGCGAUCGCCCAGCUGGAGAUGGGCCCGGCGCCGGCCGACACCGAGCGGCCCGAGCCCGUCUACGACAUCCCCGUGUUCAUCUCGCACCUCAACAACGUCGAGUGCAACGAGAACGACAAGGCCCACUUCGAGUGCAAGGUGGAGCCGGCCAAGGACCCCACCAUGACCAUCGAGUGGUUCUGGAACGGGCAGCCGAUGAGGACCGGCUCCCGCUACACGUCCAACUACGACUUCGGCUUCGUGACGCUGGACAUCGCCGGCUGCCAGCCCGACGACGCCGGCCUGCUCGUCUGCAAGGCCACCAACAGCAAGGGCACUGCGCAGACCUCGGGCACGCUCAAAGUCAAGAGCAAGGCCAACAUCUACCUGGACACGGUGCACCCGAUGGGCCCGCGCGGCCUGGAGAAGGUCGAGGAGGUGGACGCGCUGAUGGCCAGCAAGCAGGCGCCGCACGACGCCGCCCAGCCGGACCGCGCCUUCCAGAAGCCGUGGUUCAUCGUGCCGCUGCAGCCCGAGUUCGAGCUCGGUGAGACCGAGCCGCUUCACCUGCAGUGCAACGUCGAGCCCAAGGAGGACCCCAAACUGAACGUCGAGUGGUUCUUCAACGGCAAGCCGCUCUCCCACGCCACGCGGUUCAAGGUGUCGAACGACUUUGGGUUCGUGCAGCUGGACCUGACGGACGUGUACCCGCGCGACCAGGGCAUCUACACGUGCCGCGCGUGGAACCAGGCCGGCGAGGCGUUCACCACCACCACCGUCACCUGCAAGGGCAAGACGGGUCUCAUCGACUGGACGCAGCACCCCAAGGGCGAGAUGGGCCUGGAGGCGAUCCAGGAGAUGGAGGAGGCCAGGAAGCGCGGCGAGGGUCCGCCGCUGACCGACGAGGAGGGCCACCCGCCCGUGUUCACCUCGCAGUUCCAGAACCUGUCGAACCUGAGCGAAAAGGAGGUUGCCCACUUCGAGGCUACGCUGACGCCCGUCGGAGACCAGACCAUGAAGGUCGAAUGGUUCUACAACGGGAAGCCGCUGGAAGCCAGCCACCGCGUGCGGACGGUGCACGCGUUCGCCAUGGUGGUGCUGGAGAUCCUGGACACGAAGAUCGAGGACAGCGGCACCUACACGUGCCGCGCCACGAACAAGUGGGGCCAGGCCGAGAUCAGCGUCAACCUCGAGUGUGUCGACAAGGAGAGCGGCAUGAAGCCAAAGUUCAUCACGCCCAUCAAGGACAUUACGGGCCUGAAGGGCGGCGACUCUGCGCACUUCGAGUGCAACCUGGUGCCGGUCGGCGACCCCAACAUGAAGGUGGAGUGGUUCCACAACGGCGUGCCGCUGCGCCACUCGUCCCGCAUCAAGUGCGUCUCCGACUUCGGGUUCGUGGUGAUGGACCUGGCCUACGUGCAGGACGAGGACUCUGGCGAGUACACGUGCCGCGCCACCAACAAGUACGGCUCGGACAGCACCACGGCCACGCUGGGCUGCGUCGGCCGCGGCGGCGUGUUCGUCGACUCGCUGCAGCCGCAGUCGCUGCAGAAGAUCUCCGAGCUGGAGAUGGCGCCGCAGCGGCCCGGCGCCCCGGCCACCGCCGUCCUCGAGCCGCCCAAAUUCGUCACCCAGAUCGCCGACAUUGCCACCAUGCAGGAGGGGCACUCGGCGCACUUCGAGGCGCGCCUGACGCCCGUGCACGACCCCGACCUCACGGUCGAGUGGUACAGGAACGGCGUCAAGCUGCCGACCGGCCACCGCUUCCGUACCUUCCACGACUUCGGCAUCGUCAUCCUGGACAUCCUGUACUGCUACGCGGAGGACUCUGGCGAGUACGAGUGCCGCGCCGUCAACAAGGUCGGCUCGGACGUCACCAAGGCGACGCUGCGCUGCGGCUCCAAGGCCAACCUCAUCCUCACACCGCAGAUGCCCAAGGAGAUGAGCGGCGCGCUGGACAAGAUCCACGAUCUGGAGGACGCCUCGCGCCGCAUCAAGGAGCCGCGAGACGCCGACAAGCCCAAACAGGCGCCGCGCUUCGUCGUGCCGUUCAACAACGUGGACGACCUGCGCGAGGGCGAGAACGCCCACUUCGAGGCGCGCCUCACCCCCACCGACGACCCGACGCUGAAGACGGAGUGGUACCACAACGGCAAGCCGCUGAAGGCGUCCAGCCGGUACCGCACGCUCUGCGACUUUGGCUUCGUGAUCCUGGAGAUCUCUCCGGUGUACCCGGAGGACAGCGGCGACUACACGUGCCGCGCCUACAACGAGGCCGGCGAGGCCACCAGCACCGCCACCAUGAAGUGCACGAGUAAGAAGAACAUCGUGCUGGAGUCUCAGCUGCCCAAGGGCAUGGAGCAGACGAUGGAGAAGAUCGCCGAACUGGAGGGUCUGGGCGUGAAGCCCGAGCAGCCGGCCGAGUCGGAGGAGGGCCAGGCGCCCAAGUUUGUGACGCAGCCGACCGACCUGAGCCUGGUGGAGAACCAGCUGGCGCACUUCGAGUGCCGGCUGACCCCGACGGCCGACCCGACCAUGCGGGUCGAGUGGUACCACAACGGCCGGCCGCUCUCCUCGGGCUCGCGCAUCCGCAGCAUCAACGACUUCGGUUAUGUCAUUCUGGAGAUUGGCGGCAUUUACCAGCGGGACGCCGGUCUGUACACCUGCAAGGCGGUCAACAAACACGGCGAGGCCACAGUCUCCUGCACGCUCACCAUCAAGAGCCGGUCGAACGUGGUGCUGGAGCCGCAGAUGCCGCACGACAUGGCCGGCAUCCGGCAGCUGGAGGAGGACCUGCACAAGCCGCGGCCGGCGGCGCCAGAGCCCGAGGAGCAGCCCAACCCGCCGCGCUUCGUCACAGAGCUCAAGAACCAGGACGAGCUGUACGAGGGCGCCGCCGCCCACUUCGACUGCCGCCUGGAGCCGGUCGGCGACCCCAGCAUGCGGAUCGAGUGGUUCUUCAACGGCCGGCCGCUGGACACGGGCUCCAGAAUGCAUUUCAUGGACGACUUUGGUUUCAUCGUGCUGGACAUUGACUGGACGUUCCCGCGCGACUCUGGAGAGUACGUGUGCCGAGCCACCAACAAGUGGGGCACUGCCUCCACCAAGGCCACGCUCAUCUGCAAAGCCAAGCGCGAUGUGCAGCUCGAGUCGCAGCUGCCCCAGGGCAUGUCGGGCGACAAGCUGCGCGCGCUGGAGGAGGGCCCCAAGCUGGGUGAGCCGGCCGCGCCGCAGCCGGACGCCGAGCCGCCCCGCUUCAUCAAGGAGAUCGAGAACGUGGACAUCUGCGAGGGCGAGACGGCCUUCUUCGAGGCCAGGGUGGAGCCGAAGACAGACCCCAACCUGCGGGUCGAGUGGUACAGGAACGGCGUGCUCGUGCAGACCGGUCACAGGUUCCGCACCACGUUCGACUUUGGGUACGCGUCGCUGCAGAUCCUGGGCGUGUACCCGGAGGACGGCGGCGAGUACACGUGCCGGGCCGUCAACAGGGCCGGCCAGGCCACCUGCAAGAGCGCCCUGACCUGCCGAGGCAUUUCGUCCGUGAUCAUGAUGAACCAGGUGCCGAAGGGCAUGAAGAAGUCGGACACGCUGAUGCAGAUGGAGGCGGCGCUGAAGCAGUACACCUCGGACAUCCACCUCACCGAGGAGGACAUCUACGACGCCGACCGCAAACAGCCGCCCCGGUUCGUCACCCAGAUCCAGGACCAGCUGGACCUUGUCGAGAUGAACGUCACCAAGUUCGAGUGCCAGCUGGCGCCCGUCUGCGACCCCGACAUGAAGGUCGAGUGGUUCUUCAACGGCCGGCCGCUUCCCCACAAGAACCGCUUCACGCCCAUCUACGACUUUGGUUACGUGGCGAUGAACUUUGGCUGGGUGUACCCGGAGGACUCUGGGGAGUACCUGUGCCGCGCCACCAACAAGUACGGCAUGGACGAGACGCGCGCCGUCAUCAAGACCAAGGGCAAGCCGGGCAUCGUGUACGACUCGCAGCUGCCGGCCGGGAUGCAGUCGGUAAAGAAGAUCCAGGAGCUGGAGUCGCAGUGGAACCGGGCGCCCGAGCGGCCCGCCGACGAGGAGAAGGUGCCCGAGGCGCCGCAGUUUGUGCUGAAGCCGGAGCCGUGCUCUGUGAAGGAGGGCGACUGGGCGCGCUUCUGCUGCCGGCUCACGGGCCAUCCGCGACCCCGCGUCAUGUGGCUCAUCAACGGACACACCAUCGUCAACGGCACUCGCUACAAGCUGACCUACGACGGCAUGUGGCGGCUGGACAUUCCCAAGACGCGUCAGUACGACCACGGCAAGAUCGAGGUGAUCGCGCGAAACGCCGCCGGCGAGGCGUACACCUCCUGCGAGCUGAACGUGACGCCCAAACAGGAUGACUACCGGGCCAUGCUCAAGAACUCGCCCAAACCGUGGUACGACUACGACCUGAAGCAGUACCAGAAGGACCGUCAGGACGACGAGUUGGAGCGCGUGUUCGAGGAGAAGGUGCGGCCCGGCAUCAGCGUCCUGCACCAGGGCGAGCACCAGAAGGUGGUCGAACAGCCUGAGACCGAGUGGCAGAAGAUGGCCAAGGCCAAGAAGGGCGCCGACUACUACAGCAGCUACAAGCAGCUGGAGGAGGAGCAGCUGAUGAAAGAGUCCAAGAUCCGCGAGGCGGGCCACCAGUUCGCCGUUCCCGGCGAGAAGAUCAAGCACAGCUCGGUCGCCAAGGGAAUGGCCGCCAGCUACAUGCAGAAACUGGGAACUAAGAGCGAAUCUUUUGAAGAGACUACGGCCACAACAAGGCGCACUGUCGAAUCGUCCGAAACGGUAUCGCACACGGUCAGGAAUGAGUCGGCAGAGAGCUCCAGUGACGCGUCUCGAAUGUCCCGCGGGGCCCAAUCCGUGCUCCGCAGGCAGCCUAGCUCCGAGGCCGACCAAAAACCAGAGGCGCAGCCGCCACCGCGCCGACAGUUCAUGCCCGGGCCCGCCGAGUCCGUGGUCCAGGGCAAGGAGGUACACACCAACAUUCAGCGGCAGCAGCAAAAGGAGCAGCGCGGAGACCUGGAGAUCCGGCGCAACAUCACCGCCAAGGAGACCUCCGAGGUCGAGCAUAAGGCGCAGACCCAGGAGCGCGUCGUGCAGGGCAAGGUGGAGCCGUCCAAGCCUCCGUUCUUCACGCGCAAGAUGCAGCCGUGUCGGGUGUUCGACAAGGAGGGUGCCAAGUUCGAGGUGGAGUUUACGGGCGACCCGGCGCCCGACGUCGAGUGGUUCCGCGAGGACUUCCUCAUCAAGUCCAGCCAGGACUUCAAGAUCACCACCACCCAGCGCAGGUCGGUGCUCCAGAUCCGCGAGGUGUUCAGCGAGGACUCGGGCCAGUUCUCCUGCAUCGCCUCCAACCGCGGCGGCAAGGCCAAGUGCUCGGCGAAUCUGGUGGUGGAGCAGCGCAAACAGGAGCGCGGCGCGGCGGCGCCGCCCAACUUCGUGCAGACCAUCCAGGACACCACCGUCAAAGCUGGCAAGCUGGCUCGCUUCGACGCCAAGCUGGCCGGCACCAAGCCGAUGGACGUCUAUUGGCUGAAGAACGGCCGUAAGAUUACAGCUGACAUGAAGUUCAAGAUCCUGGAGGACCAGGAGGUGUACACGCUACUGAUUCUGGAGCCGACCGCGGACGACUCUGGCAGCUACGAGUGUGUCUCCAUCAACAAGAACGGCGAGGCGCGCUGCCAGGGACAGCUGGUGGUGGAGAGCCCUCCUCCGGCGCCGGCGCCCAAGGCCAAGGCCAAGCCUCAGCCGCAGGAACAGGCCGUAGCGCCCAAGAUCGUGGAGCCGAUGAAGGGCUUGAUUGUGGUCGAGGGCCAGGCGGCCAUGUUCCGGUGUCGAUUCAGCGGACACCCAGCGCCGACGGCCCAGUGGCUGAAGGACGAGAAGCCGAUCAAGCCGUCCAAGUAUUUCAAGAUGGAGCAGGACGGCGACGCGUUCAUCCUGCGCAUCUCCGAGUGUUUCCCGGAGGACGAGGGCACCUACUACUGUGUGGCCACAAACUCGGCCGGCAAGUCCACCAUGAAAGCACCGCUCAAAGUUCAAGCACCCAAGGAGGAUGAGGCGCCCACCGUCACUCCCAUGAAGGACGUCACCGUCGAGGAGGGCCAGCCGGCCCGCUUUUCGGCCAAAAUCACAGGGAAGCCCACGCCGACCGUCAGCUGGCUGCGGGAAAACACCCUGAUUCCGCAGAGCCGCGACUUUAAGAUGGCCAUCAGCGGCAACACGGCCUCGCUGGAGAUUGUGGAGACCUACGAGGAGGACUCUGGUGUCAUCACGUGCCGGGCCACCAACAGCGCCGGCACCAGCGAGAGCUCCGCCAAACUGAUCGUCGAGAGCGCCGAGACCGAGAGCGAGUCCGAGUGACCCGAGGCUCCAGCCGCGGCCACGACGGAGGCGACGGCGAAGACGCGACUGUAGAGUAGGCACUUGACAACGACGUUGCUCCGUGUAUUAAUCAUUUCGGCAGAGGCUAGGCGGACGGGUAACCCGUGUUAUUUAUGUGGGGAUGGCGGUCAGCCGUGCUGGGAAGGGUGCCGGGCGCCGCCAUGCUGGGUGGUUCGCCGUGGAGUGUUGGCUCUGGAGGCUGUCCUACGAUCACCCACCGAUCGCGUUACUGUAUGGCGGAGGUGAAGUAACCCCGCUGCCUCCCUAUGCUGUUGUAAAAUAUGUUUCAACGAUAAAUACAAAUUUUAUUAUAAUAAA